AUGUUAUCAAGGGCAAGAAAAUACGAUGAUGAUAAAGAUGAGGUUCAAUUUGAUCAUGCAAAACAUCAGUCCGUAAAGCGUACAAACUCGACUGUAGACUAUGACCUUAUAGAUGAUGCUAGAGAUUCUAUUGUAAAUGUUAAUCCUUUUUAUAAGAAAGACAGUGAAAAUGCUCAAGAAUGGAUUGAAAUGUUCUUAAGAGCAAAAGAAGCUAAUGGAUGGCCAGACAAUAGAAGAGUAGCAAUUGCAGCAGGAAUGUUAAGGGAAGAAGCAGCUGAUUGGUAUAAUCUAGUAAGCAACACAAUUAACAGAUGGGAUGGAGAUGCAAACACAGGAUUCAGAGAAAGAUUCUUAACAUGCUUCUCAUCGCAAAAAAAAUUACAUAGAUGA